AUGCUUCAAAAGCAGCGGGCGAAUCGCAUUUUGCGCGGGAUGCUGCGCGAGGCCGCGGCCGAGCAGGCCUCCGAGGAGGUCAUGCGGACCUUCGAGCUCGCGGCGAUGGCGCAUCGCGUGAUUCGGCGGUGGUUUAUCGAUCUCGCCCCUUUUCUCACACCGGCAUCCGAGAUGAAGCGAUUUGCGCGGCAGGGGGGGAAUCUCGCGUCAUCGCCCUCGGCCACGACCACGACGCCUGCGGAGACGAUGCAGGCCGCGUUGGUGUGGUUUCAGGAAACCUUCCAUUCCCCCGAUCCGGAUGAAAAAAAAGGACGAUACUAA